AUGUCGGGAAGGAUCUCUCCAGCCAGCGCUACACAACUAGGGAUGGCGGCUAAUGCCCCUGGCUUUAUCGACGUAGCGACGGAAAACCUGAAAAGUUUACACUGCAAAUACAUCAUGAAGUCCAUGUUUCCAAACGAAUUCGUCUUGACCAAAAAGGAGGAGGAAGGAAGCAGUUGCGAUCGCGUGAUACAAUAA